GACUCUUGGUUGAUUGAUAGUGGUUGUACAAACCACAUGACCCCAAAUGCAGCCAUAUUCAAAAGCCUUGACAGAAAAUACAAUUCAAAAGUCAGACUAGGAAAUGGAGAAUUGAUGGAGGUCAAAGGCAAGGGAGUAGUUGCUGUUGAGACACAAACAGGUAUCAAAUACAUUCAUGAUGUAUUGUUUGUGCCUAAUAUUAACUAUAGCUUGAUAAGUGUGGGUCAGUUGAUUGAACAUGGUUAUGUCCUUCAUUUUCAUGACAAAAUAUGUGAAGUAGAAGAUGAAUCUGGUUCAAAAAUGUUUACUGUUAGAAUGAAUGAAAGGAGUUUUCCUAUUCAAUGGAAACAAAUUGAAAUUAGUCCAAAGGCUAGUGUUGUUGAUGUGAGCAAAAGCGAGGAAUUUGAUGAAAGUGCAACUCGGAACUGGGAAAGUUCGAAAUUUGUUGCUGCAGAUCAAGUUCUUGUAGCAAAUGAUGAACCAAUAUUUGAUUUUGGGAAUGAUGAAUUUGAGCAGGAGAAUGAUGAUGAAUUUGAUGAUGUUUUUGCUAUUAGAGGGACCAGAACACAAGCUGACAUCUAUGAAAGGUGUAACAUGGUCAUUGAAGAACUUGCAAAUUAUUUAGAAGCUAGAAGAUCAAAGGCCGGGAGAAUUACAAUGCAGGAGGAGUUUGCUAUGAAGAGUUGCAAAGCUGUUAAUAAUUCACUGGUUCUAGGAGAAAAAUUCAAAAAUGAAGUUCAAUUAGUUUAUUGCAAUUCAGAGGGGCAGAUAGCUGACAAUUUUACAAAGGGUUUGCAAAAAUCCAGGUUCGAGCUAUUAAGAGAACAAGUUGGAAUGUGCAGCCUUGAUGGCAAGGAGGAGUGAAGGAAGUUACGUGAAGCAGCUUAGGUGGCAGUAGCAGCAUAUCAGUGCCAUCAAGCCGCCCAAGUUCAGUUUGGUUAAACUGAAACUAACCAAACUGUUUUGUGUCCUUUUCAAGUCAUAUUUCUAGUGGGAGCCAUGUGAUGAUAUGUAUUAUUUUGAUGAUAAAAUAUUAUUGUAAAA